CGGAAGUCAGGGAGCAGCAGUAGAGGAGCCAGAGGACAUGGCGUUUAAUGAGGAGAUACUGAAGAGACAACUGGGGAAGUAUAAAUUCCGGGAUUUAACAAUCAAUGAAAUGAAGGAUGUGCAUCAAAAAUUCCCUGAUCUUAAAUCUUCACAGGACACAUACACUUUCAGUGAUGGCUCGCAGAAAGAUUUGUUGAAUAUAAUUGGAACCAUUCCAGUACGACAUCAAGGAUUUCCCUAUAAUAUUCCUAUUCGAAUAUGGAUUCUUGACUCUCAUCCCUUUGGUCCUCCUUUGUGUUUCCUGAGACCAACAUCCAAGAUGGUCUUACGCGUUGGAAAGCAUGUGGACACAGGGGGACGCAUCUAUUUGCCAUACCUGCAACACUGGAGUCAUCCAAAGACGAAUAUCACUGGUUUGCUGAAUGAUAUGAUCGCAAAGUUUGAGGAAGUAAUACCAUUGUAUACGAAACGCUCUGCUGAGGCUCCAUCCUUGACGGAUCUCAACACCAUCAUAGCCAAGAUUUCAUCGGGUGCCUCUGAUAUCAGUGCUGAGCCACCAAUGCAAGCUGCCGACUAUCACCCCAGCAAAGUCACGGUGCUCGGAACUGGUGAUUUGGGAAUGGCGUGCACCAUGAGCAUCUUGGCGAAGGAUAUUGUGGAAAAAAUAGUAUUUAUUCCUACCACAGAAAAUACAGUGAAGAGUGGAACAUUGGACAUGGAGAUCUUCCAUCUGCCCAAAGUUGAAUUCAGCAGAGAUUACUCGAAAUCGGCAGAUUCUUCUGUGGUGAUCGUCACUGCCAACACCUGGGGUGAUGAGGAGUCCUACCUGGAAGCUUUGCAGAGCAACGUGGACUUGUUCAGGAAUAUCAUCCCCAACAUCGUGCAACACAGUCCCAACUGUGUUCUUGUUAUUGCCUCCCAGCCAGUUGACGUGAUGACAUAUGUGAGCUGGAGGCUGAGUAGGUUUCCUCCGCAUCGUGUGAUUGGGACAGGUUGUAAUCUGGAUACUCGCCGCUUCCAGUACAUCCUGGGGAAAUCAGUGAAAAUGUCACCGGCUGAAACGGAGGCCUGGAUCAUUGGAGAGCACGGGGGUAAUGAAGUGUGUGUGUGGAAAGGCUUGGAAGGGGAUAAUGGCCAGAAUAAUAACCCGGGUAUGGUAACGGACCAUGAAACAUGUAAACAGCAGGCAUACAGGGCUUUUAAAGGGUUAAAGGAUAAAAGUCAAAGGUCGUGGUCUGUUGGCUUGUCCGUGACUGAUUUAACUGAGACUGUCUUAAGAAAUCUGGAUCAUUCGCACUCUGUCUCCACGCUGGUGAAGGGCUGGUACGGAAUCAGCAGCGAGGUGUUCCUCAGCCUGCCAUGUACACUAACCAGGGCUGGAGUGGUCAGUGUAAGUGCGCCAAAAAUAUCGGAGCAAGAUGAAGAAAUGUUGCAGAACAGUGCAGCAACUCUCCAAAACCUCUUUCAGCAACUGAAGAUUUGAGCUGCUUUAGACUUCGGAGAUACAGCGCGGAAACAGGCCCUGGGACCCACCACAUUCGCACUGACCAGCAAUCAUCUGUACACUAACACUAUCCUAUGCACUAGGGACAAUUUCCAAUUUUACCGAAGCCAAUUGACCU